CUACCGUCACCUCCUCGCACAUCGACCACCCCAGAUUCGUAGAAUCAUCUGUCAUGCAGGCAAAGUAAAAAUGGUAGCGUCUCCUUGCACGACGUUGUUGCCUGGUGCUCCGUGCAGCUACUUGGACGCAAACCUGCCCGUGAUCCAUGGCGUCCGACGAGCAGAAGUUGCCAGCUUCUGUCCGAACUGCCCGUGAUUUGCUGGCUAAGGCAGUCGAGAAGGCUGGUAUUCAGAUAAGCGGUGGACUUGCCAGCGAUGCCAAAAUCCCAUUGAAGGACAUUUUUGUGAACUUGACGUUGCUGACAAAGGCCGAACUUUCCAAGCUUUUCAGUAACGAGUCAUCGUCCUUUUCGUCUGGUUCUGAACGAGCACGCCACCUGGAAUUGUUCUCAGAGGCUCAGCCACAAAGGGUAGCUACUGCCGAGUGUGGCAUUGAACUGGAAGAUAUUUUCUCCGAUACCAGCGACUGGUCUUGCAAUGAAGGGGCCGCGCCACGCCCGGGCUGUGACCAUGAGGUAGCUGAUUCGGGUUUACUGGCGCGUGCAAAAGAACCCGUGGAAGCGAACAAGAAGAAUGUACUAGCGUUUGGAAGCGCUGGCUGUGGCAAAUCCACGAUCUUUCUGAUCAUGCUGGAAUACCUCUGGUCUAAAGGUGAGCUGUGGCGUGGAAAGUUUGAUCUGGUAUUGGCAGUGGAACUACGACGUGCCGAGGUGCAAGCUUCUACGAGCUUGUGCGACCUGCUGGCACGUCGAUUCUCCAGUCUGGAUGUGGAGAAAGAUGAGCUGUUGGAGAUGUCACGGUUCUUUCGCAGCAACCAGUCCCGUCUUUGCAUUGUGCUAGACGGGCUGGAUGAGUGCAAGUUGGAGAACUGCAGUGAAUACAUGCGUGAUCUACUGUUGAGAAGGCGUAGUGGUGAUAUGCAUGUCGUGGUGACGUCUCGACCAUGUACUGAUGCUCAUACCCUGUCGCAGAGUGGAGAGUAUCAACAGCAAGUGGAGGUGGUUGGAUUCUCACCAGACAACGUUGAAACGUACGUGAGGAAAGUGGUGGGCGGUGUGAAAGGCGAGGCUAUGCUGGAGAAGCUCCGCUCACAACAGAGCACAAUGUCGCUGAUGGGCACACCUCUGUUUGCUGCCCUGGCCUGUGAAUUGUUCAUGGACGACCGAGACGGUAGCAAAUUGCCGGAAUCCAGUACAGGUCUGUACGAGUCGCUUGUCCGCCGUGUCAUGGAACGACGUGCGGGCAAACGCUACAAGACGCUUUCCGCCAUCAAGACGGACGAGAUUGAAGUGUUGAAGGAGCUAUCAGGCUUUGCACUAUCUAUGCUAGCUCAGCAAAAGAUGGUGUUCAACGAGGAGGAUGUCAUUUCGGCAAAACUAAGUGCGCCUGCAAUUGAAUUAGGAUUGCUUAUGGCGUACGAGAGCACCAGCUCAACAGAAGACCGGCAAUAUCGAUUUGCUCACUUGUCCAUUCAGGAGUUCUUGGCGGCCUGGUACGUGUAUAGCGUGAUGUUGAACGACGAGAACGACGCUGUGUGGCUGGUGAGGAGAGUCGGCCAUUACAGCGGUCACAUGACCAUGUUCUGGCGUUUCCUGAUCGCGCUCACACCGCCAAAGCCAGCAGUCGCCAUCAUGGUGCAUCUGUGGCGGAUAAUCUGCGAUGACGAGCGUACACAACGUGCAUGCAGCCAGACUGAUACACGCCUGCUCGACGACAUUGUCAGCCGUUCCCAGCCAACCACGCAGAGCAACGACGUAGACCGUAUCCACGCCGUGCUAAAAUCGGCGCUGUGGUAUGAGAAGAUGAAAGACCUCGCCGAUCAGCUGCUGGUUGGCACUGCCGGGCAAGGACGUGGUCGUCAGCGUGUCGAAAAUGCUCUGCCACGAGGCAGGGAGUUGACGGACGACUUGUACCUGGAUACUCUUGUAAGCGUAUGGAAGAACGAGGCAGCGGAGACGAGUGCAGAGGUGUUCCUGUCGGCUGUGCGUAAAGUCGAUCCCGGGACUGCAUCGCAUUGUGAGCAGCAUGCGAUGACAAGCGCAACAUCGGAGAUAUCGACGCCAUCGUCAUUUGGAGCUGCCCCGGCUGCUACUGCUGCACCCAUACGGCCUCCUGCACAACAUGACGAGGAAGAACGCCGUUGCCAAGCUGAUUUGUUAGUAGCUUAUCUAGAGCACUGCCAGCAUCAAGUGAGCGCGGUGCUGAUGUGCCGCUGACGUCCAUUCUGGAAAUUCUCCAGUCUAACAGGAACCUGGAAGUACUGUAUGCCCUAGGAUAUUCCUUCACGUAUGGUCCUAAAUCGGAG